AUGGAAUUAGUCUUUAAUCUGAACAAGUUAUUUGCUCUUAAGGACCUUGGCAAUAUUGACUACUUUCUUGGAGUUCAACUUCACCAACUUGAUCAAGGUCUUCACUUGUGUCAGACAAAAUAUAUAUUGGAUCUUCUUACUUAUGCAAAGAUGGAAUUUGCUAACUCUUUGCCUACACGGAUGGCUAGUGGUGAAAAGCUCUAUCUCCAAGAUGGUGAUCCAAUGGAAGAUCCUUUACUCUAUAGGAGUGUUGUAGGGGCUUUGCAGUAUGUGACGGUUACAAGGCCUGAAAUUCCAUAUGUAGUCAACAGAGUCUCACAGUUUAUGCAAACUCCUUUAGACACUCAUUGGAAAGUUGUAAAGAAGGUGCUUCGAUACUUAAAAGGUACUCUAGACUAUGGCUUAACUUUCUACAACUCUCCACAACUUCGUCUUACAUCUUUCUCAGAUGCUGAUUGGGUGUCUGACCCUGAUGACAGACGGUCAACAUCUAGUUUUUGUGUAUAUCUGGGAGGAAAUCUCAUUUCAUGGGCAUCUAAGAAACAAAGAACUAUCUCCCGUUCCAGUACAAAGGCAGAGUAUAGAAGCUUAGCUCAUGCCACUGCUGAGCUUAUGUGGAUUCAGUCUCUCCUUCAAGAAAUUGGUGUUUUAACACAACACCUUCCUACUAUCUGGUGUGACAAUCACUCAUGUCUCAGAAUCCGGUCCUACACUCUAGAACAAAGCAUAUCGAAUUAG